AUGGUCAACAAGAAGAAGCAUACCAAACUGAAGUCCCUGUCUCAAGGUCGACCUCCUACCGUCAAGCCUGCCAGGUCAAUCUCCAGCAAGGCAACCAGAAAUGUCAUCCGAACUUACCACACGCUUGACAAAGAGAGAGCAAAAGCCCUGGCAGCCGGAGACGAUGCAAAAGCCGUGGCGCUAGCAAAACAAAUGGAAUUGCAAGGUGGAAUCGAGAGUUAUCAACGUGCAAGCCUCAUCGGCCAGACCAAUGAAAGAGGAGGCGACAGUUCAAAAGUACUCAUGGAAUGGCUGGAGCCAAUUGUUCCGGCGUUGAAACAACUAUCCACUGAAGGGAAGUCACUUCGGAUGCUAGAGGUUGGAGCUCUGAGUGUUGCCAAUGCUUGUUCCAAAAGCCGUCUAUUUGACAUGGCGAGAAUCGAUUUGAACAGCCAGGCCGAAGGCAUCACUCAGCAGGAUUUCAUGGAACGUCCUCUCCCUCAUGAUGAGCGGGAGAAAUUCGACAUCAUCAGUCUUUCCCUGGUUCUGAACUACGUUCCUGACCCUGCUGGGCGAGGACAGAUGCUGCUACGGACUCUCGAAUUUCUCACGGCACGCCAGUAUCCUGGACAGCUUGGUGACCUUUUACCAAGCUUGUUUCUGGUCCUCCCUGCACCUUGUGUGACGAACUCAAGAUACUUGGAUGAAGACAGACUGGAGGCUAUUUUGAAGGGCCUGGGGUUUGUCAACUCCAGGAAAAAGCUUUCGAACAAGCUGGUAUAUUACAUGUGGCAGUUGCAACGUCCGACGGCAAAGAGGACAUUGGCUUUCAAGAAGGAGGAGAUCAGGUCCGGGAAAUCGAGAAACAACUUUGCGAUAGUUCUGAGAUGA